UUUGCACAUGCUAGGCUAACAAGAUAACGGGAUUACACCGUGAACGUAGCCACAGUCCGUUUUUCACAUAUUUCCAGACAAAUAUCAUGUUGGAGAUGCUUGAGUAUAGUCACUAUCAGGUGCAAUCCCAUCUCGAAAAUCCCAGCAAGUACCACAUACAGCAGAACCAAAGGCAGCAGGUGAGACAAUAUCUGUCCACCACCCUGGGUGGUAAAAGUGGCAACCAGUGCCCAAGCCAGCCCCCUGAACACGGGAUGCCACCUGGGCCUGGCAGCAGUGCCCCCAAUAGUCCAAUGGCUCAUCUCACCCUCACCUCUAACUGUGAGAAAGAGAUGGAUGAUGUUAUUGAUGAUAUAAUUAGCAUGGAGUCAAGUUACAAUGAAGAUGUUCUUGGAUUUAUGGAUCAAGGCCUCCAAAUAAACACCGCACUACCUGUGUCUGGUAAUCUUCUUGAAGUGUACGGCAGCCAAGGACUUCCACUCCCAGGCCUGGCCAUCAGCAACUCAUGCCCACCAAACAUCAAAAGGGAAUACACAGCUCCUGGCAUGAAGCAAGUACCGGGCAAACCUGGACCCUGUGGCCGGUAUGAAAACUAUCAAAGAUCAGAUGGCUUUCCUGUAGAGGCUGAGGUUCGUGCACUGGCAAAAGAACGGCAGAAAAAAGACAAUCACAACUUAAUUGAACGAAGACGAAGAUUCAACAUCAACGAUCGUAUAAAAGAACUUGGAACCUUAAUACCAAAGUCAAAUGAUCCAGAUAUGCGCUGGAAUAAGGGCACCAUUCUAAAAGCUUCCGUGGACUAUAUAAGGAAACUACAGCGGGAGCAGCAGAGGACCAAAGAGCUUGAGUGCAGACAGCGGAAGCUGGAACAUACAAAUCGUCACCUGAUGCUCCGUAUCCAGGAGUUGGAGAUCCAGGCACGUGCUCACGGUCUGACGAUAGUAUCAACGCCAUCGCUCUCCACAUCAGAGAUGAUGAGCCGAAUCAUUAAGCAGGAACCCAUCCUCGAUGACUGCAAUUCGGAGCUCUAUCAUCACAGCUCGGCUCCUGACAUGUCCCCUCCAACCACAUUGGACCUCAACAACGGCACCAUUACCUUUGAUCCGAUUCCUUCUGAUACUGGGGAUCCUGAUCCGUAUGGAAACCCCAGGACCUGUAAAAUGAAGGAGUUGGUUAGGGACAAUACACUGUCACCAAUUUCUCCAAGUGACCCGUUACUAUCAUCAAUGUCUCCAGAUGGCUCAGUUAAUAUCCACCACAAUUCUAGUUCGAGAAUUGAGGAAAAGGAGUGCUAGUUUAACUUUAAACUCACUGACACAUUUUCGUUAACUAUUUAAAUUAUAUUUUUUGAUUGUAGAAGCUGUCGUACCAUUGAGGCCAAUAAUAACACACACGUUUACCACUACUGCAACAAAGCAAGCAGGUUUAAUUUGCAAUUUGUUUAAAGCUCAGCUCCGACCUUUCCGUGC